CAGACCCUAUGCAUGUGUUUCUCUAAGCUCGCUGAGAGCUAACGUAGUUUUCAUUUCCUACGAAGUUUGUUUUCAAAUGGCGGACGAAACGCAAAUCCGGACUCCAGUUCCUGAGGGGAAGAAAUCAGUUCUUCGAGAAAUAGCUGAUUGUAUAAUCAAUUAUUGCUCAAUCGACGAUAUUCGGUUACUUCUUGCGAGUGGUCAAGAUAUUAAUGCACCAGUCGCGAAUGGUUUAAGACUUCUUCACUACGCAGUAUUUCACCGGCAUGUUGAAGCAGUGAAAGUAUUACUCGUUAGAGGAGCAAAUCCAUCCGUCAUGGAUGAUGUGGGGUACACCCCCAUGCAUUUGUGUGCUGAAAGAGGUUUCUGUAAUGUUAUCAGGAUUUUACUUCAAUAUAAUGCACGAGUGGAUUUUUCUAAGGUUUUGGAAGGAGAUACUAGUUACGGUUUUCCUCCUAGAGCCAGUCAAGCGGACGAGCCAUUACGCCUGGCUUUGAAAAAUGGUUAUUAUAAAGCAGCAGAACUCUUGUUGAAACAUGGAGCAAAUCCAAAUACCGAAUAUUACCUGGGUCAUGAGAUUAAUUUGCUAAAUCCGUUAGAUAUUGAGGCUGUGGAUCUGUUGUUGCAGUAUGGUGCUCAUCCUAAUGCUAGAGACCGACAAGGAAUGACAUUGCUUAUGAAGGCAUGCUGUAAUCCUGAAGCACUGGAUACUGUUAAGCUAUUGAUUGCCUAUGGAGCAGACGUCAGUGCAAUGACCAAUGAAGACCAGCGCACUCCUUUGCAUUACGCAGUCCUAAGUGGCAACUUAAAUACUGUUCAAUAUUUAGUAGAGAAUGGAGCAAGCGUGAAACUCCCACCAGAUUAUGCUAAACCUCCACCUCUUUUCUUCGCAGUCCUUAAGGCAGACUACUACAUGAUGAAAUACUUAAUCGAUGCUGGUGCAGAUGUCAACCAGGGAUCUUCAGUGGUGGGAUCGGCACUGCACAUCGCUUUAAGUGAAUUAGCAGAAAAUAAGGUCUCUAUUGUGAAAUUUCUUUUGGAAAAUGGAGCAAAUCCAAAUGCCAUUCUUAUGACAAGUCGUGGACCAAUAUUAAAGCCUCCACUUGGAGAAUAUUUUGCUGCAAUAAGUCGUCCAGAUAUAAAUAUAGUUAGAAUGCUUUUGAAAUAUGGUGCAAGAGUUAUUUUAUUGGGCCAGCGCCAACACCCUCUUGGAAUAUUGCAAUCAAUACAUCACAUCGAUUGCCGAGAAAGCGACCAAAUUUUAGAGUUAAUAGCAUCUGCAGCUGAAGCGUUUUGCAUCAGUUUAAUCGACCGAUCUGUUCUUCUAAGCAACAGACACAAGUUAGUUUUACUGCAAAGAGCAUUGGUUCCGUUUUCUCUGAAACAUUCAUCUCGUAUAUGUAUAAGAAAUAUUUUAGGAUGGGGACCACAAUUUAUUGUCGCUGUUCAUGGUUUACCUCUCCCAGUUGUAUUGAAGCAAUACUUAUUAUUCGAGGAUUAAUGUUAAAAAAUUAUUUUAAAUAAAUAUUAUUUUAUUUAUUGUACUUA